AUGGCUACCAACGGGCUCAGCAACGGACAUGCCAAUGAGAGCGUAAACGGCAGUCACAAACGAGCGGUGCGUAUUGCCGGCGCUUCUGGGGGCUUUAGCGACCGACAGCGAGCGAUCAGCUCGUUGUGCAAGCUGGACAUUGACUUCAUCGUCGGCGACUGGCUGUCGGAAUGUACAAUGACGCUGCAUGGUGCCCAGAAAGUCGACAACGAAAGACUGCGCGCCGAAGGCAAGCUCAUGGAGGAGCCAGUUGGACUGUUUGACCCAACCUUCAUGGACAACCUUGGACCUGCACUUCCGGACAUCGCGAAGAAGGGCAUCAAAGUGGCCGUGAAUGCUGGUGCUUCGGACACUCAGCUCCUAGCUUCCAGAGUUCAGGAUGAAGUCAACAGACAAGGACUGAAUUUGAAGGUGGCUUAUGUCGAGGGUGACGAGGUGACUGAUGUGGUCAACCGCCUGAUUAAACAGGGCGAAGAGUUCACCAGUCUCAUGACCGGGAAGCCUCUCAAAGACUGGGGAUACACUCCCAUUUACGCACAAUGUUACCUCGGUGGCGCCGGGAUCGCCGAAGCUCUUCGUGCGGGGGCCGAUAUUGUCGUUUGCGGACGUGUUGCGGACGCAGCACCAGCGGUCGGCGUCGGAAUGUACUGGCACGGCUGGGAUAGACAAACAGACUUUGACCAAAUCGCUGGCUCGCUGAUCUGCGGUCAUCUUAUUGAGUGCGCAGCGUAUGUUUGCGGAGGUUACUUCAGCGGCUUCAAGAGAUUGAUGGACGGCUGCGAGAACCUGGGAUUUCCGAUCGCCGAGUUGGAGUAUGAUGGCACAUGUGUCAUUACGAAGGAGCCCAACACAGGUGGCGAAGUGAGCGUAGGCACAGUUUCGUCUCAGUUGCUCUAUGAGAUUCAGGGGCCACUGUACUAUGGAUCUGAUGUCACCGCUUGCCUUGAGGGGAUUAAGAUGACUGAGAUAGGCAAAGAUCGCGUUCGAGUCGAAGGAGUCAAAGGUCUCCCUCCACCCACAACGACAAAGGUUGGCAUGACGGCUGUAGGAGGUUACCAGGCGGAGUUCCACAUUUACAUUUGCGGCCUUGACUUGGAAGCCAAAGCGGAGUGGAUCGAGCGACAGAUUCGGUAUUCAGCCGGAGAGGCGGCCAAGGAACUGAGCUGUUUUAAGUUCAGCCUUAACGGCUACUGCCCGGACAAUCCACGUAACCAGGAUGUAGCCACAGUCGACCUUCGCGUGUUUGUUCAAACGAAAAACAAGAACUUGGUUUCCAAGGCCACUUUAGACGUGCCCGGCUUCAAUCGCUGGUGCAUGGACAAUGGCUUACAAGGCUGCCCCGGAUGGACACUUGGCAAUGACCAGCGCCAGUCAGAAGGAAAGAUCUAUUACGAGUAUUAUGUGUCACUUUUGGAUCAGAAAGAGGUCCAGCACCGCGUGAUUCUUCCAUGGGAGAAUGACAAGACCAUUGACAUUUUGCCGCCCACAAACAUGAAAGUAUAUCCACGUGAUCAACCAAGUUACGAGACAAAAGAUCCAGUUGAUUUGAAGCAAUACGGGCCGACGACGCGAGGCCCCCUGGGCUGGAUCGUUGGAGGACGUAGUGGCGAUAAGGCUUCUGACGCGAACGUCGGCUUCUGGGUGAGGCACGACGAUGAAUGGGAUUGGCUGCGCUCCAUUUUAACCAUUGACAAAAUAAAGUACCUGCUGGACGAAGAGUACAAGGGAGGAUGCUCCCUCGAGCCUGGAGAGAGGAUUUGCACGCAAUGCAAGGCUAAUAAUCACGAAUGCCAUUUUGACCAUAAGGACGGUCGCAAGAGUCGAGGCUCAUCGAAAGCUUUCGCAGACGGACUGUGUCAGCGAAUUGAACAACUUGAGAAUCUCUUGAAGCAGCAAGGAGCUCUUCCCAUGGAUCCUAAACUAGGUGAAGCCCAGGUCCAAAACGGAGAGGCUGAUGAGCCGAACGCUCGAUACAGGCCGCCUUCAUCGGUUGCGGAUGGUGAGGAAUCAUCGCCGUACCAAACGCAGCCUGCACCCGCUGCGGAGCUUCCAGCGCUCUCUCAACAGGCAAGCAAUAGCGAGCCUCCCUCGGACACUUCUCACGGCAAGUCUUGGGUUCGAAAACUUGUACCGGCACCGGUGAGAUUUGAUCUUGCAUCAGGCCGACUGCGCUUCUUCGGACCUACAACCAACAUGAAUCUACUCUCUGGCGUGAAUCUAAGUAGGUCGUUAGAAAGGCGUGAAUCGCAUUGGCCAAUCGCACUGCUGAUUCGUGACUUGUCGCUGGAAACACAUGACUACCUCAUGGACUUGUAUUGGAGGAUGCACAACUCGCACUUUCACCUUGUGCACAAAGACGCAUUUGAAGAGGACCUUGCUAGCGGCGGCACCCAGUUUUAUUCGAUUUUGUUGCAUUUCGCCAUGCUUGCCAUCGGGCACCGUUAUGCAGAUAAGAGUCGAGAAGAUAUUGUGCGGCUCGUCGCAAGCGGAAAACCACCUUGCUGUAUUUCGGUGAUGCAUGCCAAAGCCAAAAGCAUGAUCCACCUGGAGCUGGAAAAGCCAGGAGGUAUACCUUCAAUUCAAGCACUGUUUCUGCUGGCUGAUUUGGAAUGCAUGAUUGGGAAUGAUGCUACGGGGUGGAUGUUGGCCGGAAUGUCCUUCCGACUCGUUUUUGAUGUCGGCCUUCACGUUGAUCCGGAGGAGCUUCAGCUUACAGAACGUGAAUUGGAGAUCAGACACAUGGUCUUAUGGGCUUGUUUGAUCAACGAUACCUAUUAUUCCAUCUACAUGGGUCGUCCAAGCUAUUUCAAGACAUCGGAUAUCGCGCCGUCUUGUAUGUCCAAGGACUUUAGUCGCUUGAUAGCGAGUCGACAACCUCGCCCGUGCGCAAAACGAUGGGAGACCAAAGUCUACGAGUCGCUUCUGCGAUUGAUGGAGCUUGUAGGUCCGCUUUGUGAUUUGGAAGUAAAACAACCUUGGAAAACUACAGACGCAUAUUUCAAGAUCGCCGCGGUCGACAAAGAGUUAACAAGCUGGUUAGCCGGGCUUCCUGACGAGCUGAAGUGGACUGAGGAAAACAUAGAGAACGGCCCGGCUCCUCUAUACCUGCUGCACUCGCAAUAUCACACAGCUCUAAUAUUGCUGCACCGGCCGUUCGUAAACUAUGGUCAACGCAUCAACGGAGAUGGACCUUACGGUGCCGACUCUGAACCAGAACGCAUGAACCACUUCACAAUCCUUUCACGAACAGUAUGUGCAGAUAAUGCGAAAAAGGUUGCAGCCAUUAUGAGUCGGUACCGGCAGCGCUUCGAUCUUGCACAGUGCUUCGUCACUGGUCUUCAACACGCUGGGACUGCAGCUACCGCAUUGAUGGCUGAACUUGUGAUCCAAUCCAACGCAAUAGAGCGAAAAGAUCUGCUCGCAAACCUCGAAUGUUUAAAGCUUGCGCUCUCAGAGAUGGCAAGAUCGUAUCAGCCUGCUGUUUUGAUGUCUUCUGUUGUCGAAGCUUUCAUCAAAGACUUUAAUCGUCCAAGAGAGAAUGGCACUUUGUUCAACCAUGCAGAAACCAAUGUGAUUGACCCCAGCCUAUCGGAUAUGAAUGGAACAAGCAAGCGAGCACUUCCGGAAGGCGCGGGGCCUUUCAGUCCAAGCAAAAGACCGCGACAAAACGGCCCUCGCCGCGACUCGCCGAAGGGACUACCAUAUCUUCCAUCUUCCUGGCUAGACGAGGUAGAUAUGGAUGAUACCGAGUUUUUGAACCUGAUGGGAUUGAAAGAAUUGCAAAAUUCGUACUCGCUAGGAUUUUUGUCGUUUAAUAACUGCCCUGGAGAUGAACAUUUCGCGGGACUGACGGGUGCCGAUCAGAACCUGUCCGAGAAUGGCUGCAUAGGCCAAAAGGAAGGCGACGGUUGGCAUGCUCAGGUGCGCGACUGGACCGGCCAGACACGUCGAGCUGGAGCACCGUGGAGGUCUCUUGGGCGGUGUGGGAAAGUCCGGAUGGGAUUGCGAAGGGGAGGGCAGGAUGGUGUAAGCUCGAUCUGUUCAAAGGAGCAGGACGCCCGACUUUCAUAUCUCGGAUCUAAGGUGGACAAGGCGGCGGAUCAAGAUAGGAGCGCCAUGCUUCCCAACGUUCCCAGGCGGUUUAGGGGCCUCGGGGCAGAGAAACCAUCCGUCAUCGUGCUCGACGGCUUCGACGGGCUCGACGGGCUCGACGGGCUUGGACCCGGCCUUCGAUAG